AUGGUUGCCUGGCGCGGCUCUGGGGUUCGGAGUCUGGCGGCUCCUGUCUUCGACGCACCUCUUGUCAGGAGCCGGCGGCUGCGACUGCGCCUUGGUCGGCCGUCGGGGCCGAGAACCAUGAGCCCCGGGGGCGCGGGCUGCUCCAGCGGGCUGCUACUGACGGUCGGCUGGCUGCUCCUGGCGGGCCUCCAGUCCGCCUGUGGGACGAACGUCACCGCCGCCGCCCAGGAUCCCGGCUUGGCCCGCGAGGGCGAGGCCGAGGGCGAGAAUGAGGCGGAGGAGGAGACCGAGAGCGAGAGGGAGGCUGAGAACGAAGCCCAGUCUGUGGCUGAGGAGGAUGUUUCAAAUACAACAGUAGUCAAAGAAGUAGAAUUUGGGAUGUGCACCGUUACAUGUGGUGUUGGUAUUAGAGAAGUCAUACUAACAAAUGGAUGCCCUGGAGGUGAAUCCAAGUGUAUUGUACGGGUAGAAGAAUGCCGUGGACCAGUAGAUUGUGGCUGGGGUAGACCAGUUUCAGAAAGUCUUGAAAGUGUUAGACUAGCAUGUAUUCAUACAUCUCCUGUAAAUCGCUUCAAAUAUAUCUGGAAACUUCUAAGGCCGGACCAACAACCCAUUAUCCUUGCAAAUGAUUCAGCAAUCCUGGAAGUACGCAGGGAAGUUCAUCCCUUGGUUUUUGAGUGUUCUACCUUGGAUAAUAAUGAAAUAAUAGCAUCUGUGAAAUUCACAGUCUAUACAACAAGUGAAUUGCAAAUAAAAAGAUCAAGCCGACCAGACACUGAUGCAGUCCUAGUUUUUGUGCUGACCAUAGGAGUUAUUAUCUGUAUAUUCGUGAUCUUUAUACUUAUCUUCAUAAUUAUAAACUGGGGGGCAGUCAAGUCUUUCUGGGGAGAAAAAGCCUCAACAACUGAGAUACAGUCUGAGCUGAGUUCAACAAGAUACAAAGAUUCAACUUCUCUUGACCAAUCACCAACAGAAAUACCUGGAAAUGAAGAUGAUGCUUUAAGUGAAUGGAAUGAAUGA